CAGCGUUUCACAACCUUCUAAUAAUGUUUAUUCAUAUGAACGAGGAAAACAACACAAAUUAUGCAACCUUUCAUCAUUUUCAGGACGACAGCAAAUGAAGCACUUUAGCUAGAAAGAAGACGACUGUGUUACCAUGAAGAAUUAUGCUGAUGCGGUUGCUUUUUUAGGUCAAUGGGGAUGUUUCCAGCAGACUGUCUUCCUACUUCUAUGUGCCAGCAUCAUGCCUAAUGGAUAUGGCGCCUUCAUCCUCAUUUUCCUGACUGACACUCCAAGUCAUUAUUACUGCCUUGUACCUGAUGUUAACCUGACAGACAAAUGGCGUGAAAGUGUUAUACCAAUAACUGUGGUGGAGGGAAAUCAGGAGCAGAGCAGAUGCAGCAGAUACAGACUGGAUGUGGUCAAAAAUCUCUCUGCUCAGGGCUUCAUUCCUGGCAGGGACAUUAACCUGACUGACCUGGAGCAGGAGGACUGUGUGGACGGAUGGAGCUACAGCAAAGAUGUCUACCAAUCUACUAUAGUGACUCAGUUUGACUUGGUGUGCAGCGAGCAAUGGAAGCAGCCGGUCACCACCACCAUUUUCUUCAUGGGUGUUUUUUGUGGAUCUUUCUUCUCAGGACAUAUGUCAGACAGGUAUGGAAGGAAACCUGUUCUGUUCUUAACCAUAGGAUUACAGACAGCUUUUACCUUCGCUCAAGUCUUCUCCACUUCAUGGAUUAUGUUUCUCAUCCUGCUCUUCUUCAACGGUUUGGGCCAGAUGUCCAACUUUGUAGCUGCUUUAGUGUUGGGUGCUGAGAUCUUGACUGGCAACAUACGUGUCCUUUACUCAUCUCUGGGCUCAAACCUAAGCUUUGCCAUAGGUUAUAUGGUUCUGCCUCUCUGUGCUUACUUUUUAAGGGACUGGAAAUCUCUCCUUUUGGUUCUGUCUGUCCCGUGCUUGGUCUUCAUCCCCCUCUGGUGGGUCAUUCCAGAGUCGCCUCGCUGGUUGCUGUCUCAAGGCAGAGUUGAAGAAGCUGAGGCUAUUGUGAGAAAGGCUGCCAAGUGGAACAAAGUUCAAGCUCCAAGGGUCAUCUUUGAAGACUGCAAUAUUAAUGCAUCAAAGAAUGAGAAGGAAAAAUUCAAUGUGUUUGACCUGUUCAGGCGCAAAAUCAUUAGAACAACAACACUCCUCCUUUGCAUUGUGUCGUUCACUGUAAGUGCUACUUACUAUAGCGUGUCGUACAAUACAGCCCAACUACAUGUUGACCCUUACAUUAGCUGUUUCAUCUCAGCUGUAGUAGAAAUCCCAGCAUACUUUUCCAGCUGGAUGGCACUACGAUACCUUCCACGACGGCUGUCUGUCGUUGGUACGCUGAUCCUUGCAGCCAUGCCACUGUACUUCGUUCAUCUAGUGCCAGGAAAUCUAUCUGGUCUGUCUCUCACACUGGAGAUGGUGAGUAAAUACUUCAUCACCACUGCUUUCUCCCUGAUGUUCGCCUUUACUACAGAGCUCUACCCAACAGUACUCAGGAACACAGCAACAGCAACAACUAGCACAGUCUCUAGGAUGGGGAGUUGCAUCACCCCAUUUUUACUAAGUCUAAGUGUAUACUAUAAUUAUGUGCCUUAUAUUACAUUGGCAAGUCUGGCUCUUCUGUCUGCCUUUGCUGCUCUUUUCCUUCCUGAGAGUUUUAAACAACCACUACCUGAAAGCAUUCAACAGAUGCAUCAAAGAGGAAGAAUAAAGUGUCCGUGCAUCACAGGAAACAAAACAUCAGUACCUGUCGAACCGCUGGACGGCCCACUGUGACCAUCUGUGGACUUUUUGUUUGUUUGUUUGUUUUGUUUUGUUUUUUUAAUUCUAUUUUCAAUUCUUAGAUUUUAAAUAUUACUUUUUUGUUUUUUUAAAUUUUGUGAUAUUAUUUAAAGAUGGUCAUGUAGUUCUCUUCUUUAUUGUUUUUUACAUUUGAAGUAUUGUAUUUCAUUUGAAUAUGCAUUGUCUUGGAAAACUGUUCAACUCAUCAACCAAUUUUUACAAAAUGUGUUUAAUAGCAAUAGUUAAAGGAGGAUUGGCUCAGACAUUUGUCACUGCAUAUGAGGAUCUAAACUCUCUGAACACAGGAAAUAUUAACAAUUAAAGGACAAAAUGAGUACAAGUCACAUCAACCAAAAUCCAUUUGUUGCGUGGCUAUUUAUGGAGAAUGAUAAAGGACUAUGUAAGUUCAUGAAUAUAGACUAGCAUAUUUCCUACAUAAAAGCAAUCAAUGUUUACAAUCAGUGUACUUCUUUUCCUCAAGACUCAAGAUAAUAUUUCUCUUCAUUUCCAA